UCCGUUGAGUACGCGGUCGCCCCAGGGGCGGAUGAUUAUAUCCAUUCCAGCGGAUCCGCGACCCACAACAUCACGGCAUCACGGAAACGACCACGCCCACGAAACUUCCUGCAUAUCCUACAACGCCCACGAAAUGCCAAGUGACGAUGCCAGUUUUAUAGACCUUUUGUAAGCCAGCGAAGAUACGAACAGCGAUAGCGAAGGCGAGGCGCCAGUGAAAGUGCCAACCGCCCAAUCAAGACGGCCACGGCCUGGUAAUGGCAGCCAGCGGUCGGCUUCGCAAGCGAAAGCAUAAAAGCCACACAAGUGGCGACGUUCCCAGUCCAACGGCCAGUCCUACGGCAGCAAUGGCGCCGGCAAAGGGCGAGGAGACAGCGUUGGUGGAGGAGGCCACCCUCUCCGGGGACUAUAAUAAUUUCACGCAUAAUUUCGUCGAUUUGCAGAACCUCUUGAGUUUCAACGAAUUGAACGGCAGCAGCCCCUCGAGCGCAUCGAGUGCCAUUACGUUGAGUAACGGCGCCAUCAGAGACACACUGCUGGGCACGGUGUUGACCACGGCCACGGCCACGGUGGCACCGGCGGCCAGCUCCCUGAUAGCCACCAUGGUGGCCAGCACUACGGCCUCGGCACGGGUUGCGGUGCCGGGCAGGGGCCUGGCCAUUGCCGACGCCACCUCAUCCACCUAUUACGCCAACUUGCUGAACCUGUCGCCGGCCACCACGAGCCUGAUCUCGGCGGCGGCGGCGGCCACCAAGUCGUACAACGACAGUGCCCUGCGAUGGGAGCAGCUGGACGGGAGCAUGGACUUCGGGUUCGAUCCGCUGUACCGCCACUCGCUGGCCAUGUCCAUGGUGUACUGUGUGGCCUACAUUGUGGUCUUCCUGGUGGGACUCGUGGGGAACAGUUUCGUGAUCGCUGUCGUCCUGCGGGCACCUCGCAUGCGAACGGUGACGAACUACUUCAUCGUCAAUCUGGCCAUCGCGGAUAUCCUGGUCAUUGUCUUCUGCCUGCCGGCCACACUGAUUGGCAACAUCUUCGUGCCCUGGAUGCUCGGAUGGCUGAUGUGCAAGUUUGUGCCCUACAUACAGGGUGUCUCCGUGGCCGCCUCGGUUUACAGCCUAAUUGCCGUUUCCCUGGACAGGUUCAUUGCCAUCUGGUGGCCCCUGAAGCAGAUGACAAAGCGACGUGCCCGCAUCAUGAUAAUCGGCAUAUGGGUAAUCGCGCUGGUGACCACCAUCCCCUGGCUGCUCUUCUUUGACCUGGUGCCCGCCGAGGAGGUCUUUUCCGACGCCCUGGUCUCGGCCUACUCGCAGCCGCAGUUCCUCUGCCAGGAGGUGUGGCCACCGGGCACCGAUGGCAACCUGUACUUCCUGCUGGCCAAUUUGGUGGCCUGCUACCUGCUGCCCAUGUCCCUGAUCACGCUCUGCUACGUGCUCAUCUGGAUCAAGGUCUCUACGCGUUCGAUUCCCGGCGAGUCGAAGGACGCCCAAAUGGACCGCAUGCAGCAGAAGAGCAAGGUGAAGGUCAUCAAGAUGCUGGUGGCCGUGGUCAUCCUGUUCGUGCUCUCCUGGCUGCCGCUCUACGUCAUCUUCGCGCGGAUCAAGUUCGGUUCGGACAUCUCGCAGGAGGAGUUCGAAAUCCUCAAGAAAGUGAUGCCGGUGGCGCAAUGGCUGGGCUCCUCGAACAGCUGCAUCAACCCCAUCCUCUACUCGGUGAACAAGAAGUACCGACGCGGGUUCGCUGCCAUCAUCAAGUCGCGCAGCUGCUGCGGACGCCUCAGGUACUAUGACAACGUGGCCAUCGCCUCGAGCACCACCAGCACCCGGAAGUCGUCGCACUACCACCAGAACAGCUCGCGGAAGAGCCCGAGCAGCAAGAACAACGCGGUGUCCUACAUCUACGAGCACAACUCGCUGCGGCGCCACAACAUGAUGCUCAAGCAGGACAGCAACCUGUCGCAGCAGAUGCUGCUCAAGCAGGACUCGCACGGCUCGCGCCAGUUCCUCAUCAAGCAGGAGAGCUCCUGCAGCGACGCCUCCGGCAUCCGGCGACCCCUGUGCCAGCAGGACAGCAACGGCUCCAAGGUGUCGCUGUCCAAGCAGGACUCGAUUGUGUCCUACAUGGAGGCGCGCCGGGCGGCCGGCCACGGCCUGAACGACGCCUUGGUGGACAGGGACAGCGUCGCCGUGGAGUCGCGUCGUCCGGUGGCGGCCACCCCGAGCUCCCUGCUGGACAAGCGGCAAAAGUUCGUGAAGCAGGACUCGGUGAUCUCGUUCGUUGAUCAGCGACCGGAACAGCGGCGCCACCAGCUGGUCAAGCAGGACUCGGUGAUAUCCUUUGCCGACCAGCGACGCGGACUGCUCCACAAGCAGGACUCGCUCAUGGCCAACCGGGCGGGCGAUGCACCCACCCACCACGUCUCCAUUCUGAAGAAGACCGACUCGCAGCACAGCUACGGCAGCUCCACUUCUCCGCGCAGGAAUGCGGAUCUGUACGAGUAGGCAGCCAUCGGUUGAACGAACUCCUAACGCCGGUGGGAAACUCCUGCCAUUUGUGUGGGUCCUGGUUUGUGGGACAAAAAAGUGUUAAAACUCUUCGGGGUUCAUGUGAUCCAUGCGCUUCGGAGCACAAUUAUGACAUUAUUUUACUCACAUUUAUUUGAAAACAACAAGAGCUGCCUAGUCAAGCGUAUAUGGAUUACAGUGCCCCCAAGAUGUUUUGCCCUGCAAAUCGACCCACAUUUAAACACAAAAACUAACGCAACGAUACCAAAAACUUACCGAACCACUACAGAAAUCCUUGUACAUUUCUAGAGCAGCUAGACGGAAAGGGAUCGAAUGAAAUUAGAGUGAUAGGCCUACGACUGUGAUACAAGUCGGCAGUGCUGGUGGGUUCAGAACUUGGGGGGCUAGUCAGUGCCGCACAUAUCCGUCAUCGUCGUUGAGGUGGGAUAGUGGGAUGGAGUGCCAUGGGAUGGAUGGGGACGGACAUCGGGAUGGACCAAUCGGGUGGGUAUAUAUCUAAUCAGAGAUCGCUUAGCUAGAAACAGAAACAGAAACAGAAACACGCCACACGGGGCACAGAAGAGGACUACACCACAGACACUCACCACAGACACUCCCCACAGACCUAAUAGUUAAUAGAUGUUUUAUACGUGUUUCAGCGGUACUACACAACAUAUGAACUACUCCUUGGCUAUGGCUAUAUAAUACCUAUAUGUACCGUUACGCAGUUUUAAGAUUGUUUGUACUCGCAAUUUGCUAUACCGAAAAGUUUGGUUAAGAGUGGGUGGAAAAAAUCGUGGGAAUCGAAUGGGGUUAAAAUAGCUUUGCUAAACUUUUUGUACGACGGCGAACGUGAGUGAAACGGGCAAGUCCAGUAUCAUAGUUGAGAAACGAAACGAAACGUAACAAAACAAAAUGAGAUAACACCGAGGUCUAAAGUAACGUACCUACUAAAUUUUUGUAUGGAAAUUCUUACAAUUUAUACAUAUAUAUUUAUAUUGAUUUUGGAAUAAGCAAUAUGCAAUACAAGCGUAUGUCUGCGCGUACGCCGUGUAUCUAUCAAACAACAAUAAUCAAUUUUACUAGAAUUUACACAACCGAGUCGCGACAGCGGAAAUGGCACAGAAGCGGAAAAAUGGUUAGUAAACGCAAGACAACAGAAUUCGGAUGGAUGAUUGGCACAACAUCAUAGCUUAGUUAUUGGACACAAAGUCGGCCAAUCGCCGAUUAAUUCGAUAGCGAUAUCGAUUGGCAGAGGAAGCGGAAGCGGUAGCAGUAGCGGUAGCGGAAGAGGAGGCAUCGAACGCGCACAACCGAGCACUUGACCAUGCUGGGACAGAGUCGACGGGAUGGGGUAGAUUAGGGAUUAGGGCUAGAUUAGGAUUAGCAGGACGGACGAGAUGGUUGUCCGCGAAGUGAGCACAAAGCAGUCAAAGAUUUCGCACUAAACGUAUCACUACAAACUAACAAAGAAGCAAACAAUAAUCGAACUCAAAUUCGUUAAACACUAAACACCAAAGAACUUUAAACUAUAUGAAAUAAAAUUUUAACGGACGACCGAAAGAGGCGGAAUCAAUGGUAAAACUAUGAAACUAAACGUAAAGAUUAACUAUGCAAUUUUAUUGUUAGCCAAAAUUUUAUAAAUGUCAAGUAACGAACAAGUAAAUAUUUAUAUGUAUACAGAAUAUAUCAAGUAUAAAGCAUACGUUAUAUAUCUUUAUAUACUUCGAAAGCAUUAGGCGCUGAUUUGAAGAGUUUUGGCUUGUUUCGAUGUCGUCGAACCGAAUCAAAUCGAUCAGAAGGUUGAGUUAUUCCGUACUCUUCGGUCGCAAUUCAGACUUUAGGAACAGCUUAAAACCUGAUCCAUUGAAAGAGUAAAAUACUCGACGAAGUUACGCUCGGCCCGUUUAAAACUCCAGCGCUUAAUGCAAGGCAAGAAUCUACAAUGAGGAAUAUCAAUAAUAUAUUUCAAAUAUACAUACAUAUAUUUAUAUAGGCUUAUCGACUCAUAUGCCAGCAAAAUUGGCAAACAACCACAGAGCAGAAGGACGACGUCUAGUAAACAAGAUAUUACAUUUAUACGAAUACAUAUAUGCUGCUAGUAUGCAAAAGCGCGCAAUAGAAAUGUCCUCCCCGCUUUUGAUUCCACUUAAACAAGAACUUGUAGGUAGCGAGCAGGAGCAUUUAAACAAAAGUAUAUUUAUCGAAUAAACCAAAUUGAACUUUUCGUUUAAAAGUUUUUAAAAGUAGAGCAUACCCAUACUCGUUAUUCGUUAUUUACCGAUGCGGAAAAUUAAAUAUUAAAGAAAUGAUCGCGCGUUAACCAGUUAAACAAAAAGCAUGACAUUAAUGGCAACACAAUAUUAUAUAUGUAAAUAUAUGUGUUUAUGCAUACAUAUAUAUGUAUAUUUAUCGCAUAGAACUAACACCAAAGAUACAUGCA